GUGGCUCAUUUGCGUACCUUAGAGUAGAGUUAGGUAACUUCGUGGCCUUCAUUGCUGCCGGUAACAUUCUCCUCGAGUAUGUCAUUGGUGGUGCUGCCGUAGCUCGAUCAUGGACUUCCUACUCUGCUACCCUUUGCAACCGCCAUGCUAAUGAUUUCCGCAUCAAUGUGAGCAGCCUUCCUGAUGAUUAUGGUCACCUUGAUCCCAUUGCCAUUGUUGUCAUUACUGUUAUUUGCAUCGUUACAGUCAUCAGCACCAAGGGCUCCUCGCGCUUCAAUUACAUUGCCUCCAUCAUCCACGUAGCUGUUAUUCUCUUCAUCAUCAUUGCUGGCUUUGCAAAAGCUGACACCAAAAACUACACCCCUUUUGCUCCCUUCGGCGUUCGUGGCAUUUUCAAGUCUUCGGCUGUGCUUUUCUUUGCGUAUCUCGGUUUUGAUGCUGUCUCAACAAUGGCUGAAGAGACUAAAAACCCUGCACGAGAUAUUCCUAUUGGUCUUGUUGGCUCAAUGACGAUUACCACUGCUGCAUACUGUCUGCUUGCUAUAACAUUAUGCCUUAUGCAACCAUAUCAGCAGAUUGAUAAGGAUGCCCCAUUUUCUGUGGCAUUCCAAGCUGUAGGGAUGAAUUGGGCUAAGUGUAUCGUUGCUACCUGCGCAUUGAAGGGCAUGACCACUGUUUUGCUUGUCAGUGCCGUCGGUCAAGCCAGAUAUCUCACCCAUAUUGCUCGUACCCACAUGAUGCCACCCUGGUUGGCUCAAAUCCAUCCAAAGACAGGGACCCCAAUGAAUGCCACAAUUGCCAUGCUUGCUGCCACAGCAAUCAUUGCCUUCUUUACUGAACUCAAUAUUCUUUCCAAUCUUCUCUCAAUAUCAACAUUGUUCAUCUUCACGCCAGUGGCUGCUGGUCUCCUUGUUCGCCGAUACUAUGUCAGUGGGGUGACAACACCAGCAGACAGAAACAAACUUAUCGUUUGCACAGCGUUCAUUCUUGUGUCUUCCGGUGUCACUGCUGCUUACUGGGCACUAAGUAGCGAAAAUGACUGGAUUGCAUAUGCGAUUACAGUGCCAAUUUGGUUCUUGGCUACCUUGGCACUGCAGGUUCUUGUUCCACAGGCUAGGGCUCCAAAACUGUGGGGUGUUCCUUUGGUUCCUUGGUUGCCAUCAGCUUCCAUUGCUAUCAACGUUUUUCUUCUUGGAUCCAUAGACCGUGCAUCUUUUGUAAGGUUUGCUGUCUGGACUGCCAUCCUGUUGAUGUACUAUUUUCUAGUUGGAUUGCAUGCCUCUUAUGACACAGCCAAGGAGUAUGGAGAGAAUCAGGCUGCAGAGGAACACAAGAAGGCCGAAGAAGGUGCUGUGUCUGCCACAAAUUAUGGCUAAAUUAGAUUCAUGGAGAUGAUCAAUGCAAGUGUAGCUUCUCCUAUUUUAU